UUCCGGCAUUUAUAUAUCCAGAACCCAAUGACAGUUGUGCUAUUCAAGGUCAAGACAUGUAUUUGACAUGUAUAGCCUAUGGAAAGCCAGACACAAUAAUUUACAAAUGGUAUAAAGAUGGAGUCAGUCUUACUCAAGAUGAAUCUAAAUACAGCAUAAUAGACGGGUCUCUUCUUAUAAAAGAUGUCACCCAGUUAGAUGAUGCUGAAUACACAUGCCAAGCUUUCAAUUACAUUAGAGAAGACGACGAAGCCACGGCUCAGCUCUAUAUCCAUUAUCCACCUGUCGUUGAAACAGAAGAUAAAUUGUUCGUUAGAGAAUUUCAAUCUCUCUACUUAAUAUGUGUUCUUACCGACGGUGAGCCAUUACCUAGCACAGAGGCAGUGAAAUGGAAAGAGCCAGAUGAUAUGCUAGCCAAUAGGGAUAACCCAUUAGAGUUAACAAAUAUUCAACGAAAUCAAGCUGGUAUUUACACUUGUGAAGUAAAUAAUACAUUAUGCAUGGUAGAACAAGGUAAAGGAUCAUCGGAAACCAUUAUCAUAGUUGAAUAUGGACCAUGGAUAGUUAAUGGAGAGAAUAACCACCACACUGCAAGCGAAGGUCAUAAUGUUACGCUAGACUGCAUUGUCGAUGCUGUGCCGCACGCUGAAGUACUGUGGAGCUAUGAAACAGAUGAAAUAAUACACACUACGGAGAAUAUGGUACAUGACGUUCGCGUUAUAAAUGAGACGCAUGUACAUGGUUAUCUCCACAUUCUUAACAUCACUUCAGAACAGUUUGGUAAAUACAACUGUACUGGAAGUAAUUUGUAUGGAGAAGAUACUGUUAUUGUUAUAUUGUCUGUAGAAGAUCAUGAAAUUGAAGAACCGGGAGAAGGUUCGGUUGGGAUAAUUAUCGUUGUUUUCUUAUUAAUAAUUUUGAUUCUUGCUGGAUCCAUCGGGGUAUCAUUAUUGGUUGUCUCUAAAAGACGCGGAGCCUCUAAAUCAGAUAAAGAGACCGUUGAAUACAACGCUGCGAAGUCGUACCUACUCAGGGAAAUUGAAGUUAUGAAACAUAUUUCUAAGUACGAUAAUGUUAUCAAGUACUGUGGCGACUGUGUGACAAAAGAUCCAAUUCACAUGAUCUUCGAAUACUGUCCAUUUGGAGAUUUAAAGACAUAUCUUCAAAUGUAUCGUAAACAGUGUGAUAAGUCCUGGUUAAUGAGUGGUUCUGAUUCACCAUGGAAAAUGGAAUUUAUUACCUGGUGUAUUCAAAUAGCUAAGGGACUCUCUUUUAUGGAAAAAGAAGAGAUUGUACUGCGAGUAUUAACCGCACGUAGUAUAUUGAUUGGUAAUGAUAGAAUUUGCAAAAUUACAGACUUAGGAUUUUCUACCGCAGUCAUGUCUCCAUCCGAAUUUGAAGACAACGUCAAGAGUUGUCUACCUUUGAGAUGGAUGGCUUUGGAGUCUUUGCUCGACUGUUUUUAUACUAGCAAGUCUGAUACAUGGUCAUACGGAAUAGUAAUAUGGGAAAUAUUCAGUCUCGGUUGUCACCCUUACCCCGAAAUGACUGCAACUGAUGUUGUCCCAGAACUGCAACGAGGAUAUAGAAUGGGACGUCCAACACAUUGUAGUAAAAACAUAUACAACGUGAUGUUGGAUUGUUGGAAUGAGGAGCCAUCAUCUAGACCGGAGUAUGAGGAUACUAUUUACAUACUUCAGUCAUUGUUGAAUUUGCAACUGGACGACGAAAGCUAUAACCACACUGGUGACGAUGAUGCAAAUCAGAUAUCCUAA